UUUAACAUUGCUAGUGAGAUGUACAGGCUUGCAUGCAUCAUUGCGAAUAUUUUGUCUUGUCAAUGAAGUUUGCAAUACACGGUGACAUUGAAGCGUGUCUAUCGCGUUUGCUUUGCUGAUCGUUACAGUAAUUUUACAAUUUAAACCUGAUUAUUUUAAAAAUGAUAUCUUGCAUGUUUUUCUGGACGCUGGUUCUAUUUGGAAGACAAGGAUAUAGUCAAGCUCAAGACAAUUUUCUGUCGGUGGACUUCAGCAUACUGUCACUCGAUAAUACGUCUCAACCGGUUUCUGCAGUGAAAAUCGAUACAACAAGCACGGAUCGCCUAAAUGUUCUCUGCAACGUCUCAGCUAUUCCUGAUUUUAAGCAAUUCAUCAUAUUAAGUAUCAACACAAUAAAUCAGAAUGGAGUUAUUCAAAGACUAGCCUAUAUGUCAGGUCUGAAUCAAACUGGAGCCAAACCACUAUCUGAUUCGGAUAUUACACCUAUUGGUAACUUUCAUGCGACAAAACCAACAUUAGGAAUAUCGCUAAAAGUUUCAAAUUUAUCAUGUGAGGAUACCACAAAGUACAAAUGCUCUCUGGCUUAUGUAAACAACGACUAUAAGCCUGAAGACAUUUCUGCAAUCAGAAGUCUAACAGUAUCAGCACCACCGUCAAAUCUGACAAUGAUGGCUAUCAACGAAUCUUCCAGUUUGCCAAUUACAGACGUUGGAUUCACUUCAGCCAAUCCGGCUGCGUUCAUGGUUGGUCAAUCAGUAAAUCUGACAUGCAUUGCAAGACUUGGGACGCACAAAGAUAGCACUAUCAAGUGGAACAAAAACAGUGUGGCUAUUGGUAACGAGUCGGAGUACAUCGAGAGCGAAGCAGACCUGGUCAAAGCGUGCGACUAUGAAAAAACGGGCAGUCUGUUCUACAACAUUACGGAAGAAGACGCGAUGUUAACGUCAAAUAACCGUCUUGAGUUGCAGUGCUUUGUAUUUGUAGCGGAUGUGUCUUUUGAAACACCGGCAGAUGCAAGACAAACCUUCUAUAUUGAUGUUUACAAUCCAAAAGCCACUACUACUACUACAAUAGCGACGACAACAACAAAAACUACAACUAGACAAUAUAUCAUAACAACAACAGCCUCCAUGGGAAAUGCAACGAGGAAUGGGGAUGUUUCUUCGUCGUCAAAUGAUCAAAAUCGUAUCACGUCUAUGCAAUCACUGGCGGUGUCAUUCGGAGUGAUGUUCAUACGGUACCAGCAGAACCAAAUGUGACAAACAUCGUCAACCUGGUCAUUUUAAGGCCUUUGGAAAGCGUACUCAUAUUAUGUGGAUUUGUAGAUAAAAUAAUCGAGUUCAACUUAGUAUCGAAUCCGUGUCAGCUUCGCGGACACAAUACAAUUUAAUCACAGCCUAGCAUAAUGUACUUUCGUUUUAACUACUAAACACCCAUAUCAUCUUUUCAUUAGUACAGGCCUGAAACACUUGUCUAUUCUGCUUUGCUUUUUUAAGGAUGUAAACAUCUACUUUGAUUGUUGAAGGAUGUAAACAAUAGAUUUAUUGAUAUGUUAUACCUGUUUGAAUAUGUAUAUUGCAAUUGUAUUGUUGUAACUUUGUAAAUAACCUACUUCCUGCUACAUUUUUAUGGACAGAUUAAUUUUUCUAACAUUUUAAGGAAGAAUAGCCCACUGAUAAGCAUUCAUUUUUUUGCUUUGCUAUACAUGCUUUUGACGCGUAACACUUACUUUCAAAUGCUAAGGAAACUUGUUUUAUCUAAAUAUAUGUUUAUUAAUUACUAUUAAAUGCUUUAUAACAUUGUUAUGCUAUUUGAAACAACGAAUGGAACACGAUACUUUUUUGAGUAUAAUUCAUUUAGUCAUGCUUAAUUGCAGCAUUUUGUUCACAAUACACUUACAGUUAAACGAAUGUGGAUUAUUAUUAAACUUUCUGUUUAGACUGAGAUCAUUUAUCAAGUGAUCUCUCAAAAUACUUUGUAAAUAGUCAACAGAAGUUGUUUGUUCAUUCGUAUUCUUCAAUCAAUAAAGUCAUUCAACUUUACAAUGACGAUAUACACGUAUAAGUCGAAGCAUAGCAGUGUUUUUAUAUCUGAAAAUAUUUUGUUCAUUAAUUAUAUUUCAAUCAUCACCAGCAGACUGUUUUGAUUGUUUUGACAAGAAUACUUCGGUGUAAAUUUUUGAUUGAGUCUGUCGGAUUAUUGGAUUGUAAUCUUUUCUUCUUUAAUGAAAGUGGUGAUAGUUUUUGAGAAUUAUUCUUAAAUAUUGAUUUCCAUAAUAAAAAUGGGAAAUACAAAUUAGAAUAUUCAGCAACUAUUAAAUAUCAAUAUGUGAGCUGAUUACGCGUUUCAUCGCUGGGUUUGCAAUUACGACUGGUAGUCAUAGUCGGGGCCAGUCAUUUCUUUGCGCGGAUAUUUUCACAUAGACAUCUUUUGCAAGCGCAUUUAUGUUCUAACCAAUAUAAAUAAUUAGCGACGUUGAAGGCCAUAUGAUGAUAUUAAUUAUGCACAUCUACGGAUCACAUGUAUACAGGACAUACACAUGUAAUACAUAUAUUGGUUGCUCUCAGUAGAUAACAUUUACAAAUAUAUAAUGAAUAUAAUCAUUAAAUGUCUGUUUAGCCUACAUGUAUGUUGAAUCAUGUUGCGGUAAAUGUUCAUAAUAAAAUAAACGUAAUAAUAUCACGUGUGAAUGACAACCACUUGUUAUAUAUACUACAAGUAAAAUAUAAUGAAACAUAUUUACGAUAGUUUUGCGAAAAUGAACAUCUUUUUGUGUAGUAAGCUUUAAAUAUACACAUAAGAGAUAACGUAUUGAAAACAAUAUUUUAAAACGUUAUAUUCUGUUUAUAAUAACUCGUGCUAUCUCACUCAGAAUAUUUCAUUUAAUUGUUCAAAUCAUGUAGUGAACACCAACUACUUUCUAUUAAGUUAAAAUAGUGUAUGUUGAUUCUGUAAUUUACUCCGCGCGUGCAUGCCAGCAACAGGUGUUACCGAGUUAGUUUAACAAUCAAUACAUGGGCAACAUCCACAGUGUUCAAGUCAGGCAUAACAAUUAUGGAAAUAGGAGCUUUUUUGUUUUGCGCAAUAAUCCAUACUCAACUAAAAUUGUGUUCAUUUGCAAUAUAAUGUUUACCGAUGUGUUUUUUCUUUGUUAAUUAACGUUACUAGAAUACAACAAUACAUAGUACAGAGACUUCUUGAGUCGAAACAAACAACCUUUACUUCGAAAUUAAUAUAAAACAUUUCUUAUUGAAUAGUUGGGAGUGUACCUAAGCAGUGCUCAUUCCGAAUAUUGUUUGUCCAGAAAAUAAAUGACAAAUGGGGAGCAUUGAAACAGUUGCCCUUAUGUUUAAAAUUGCUUAAGCAUUGCAAAUAUGUAUUUAAAAAAACUGACAGUCAACCCCAGGUAUAAACGUCCAUUUAUUGCACCAUGUUUAAAAAGUAAAAAUCCAGAUUUUGUUCGACUUCAUUGUAAAACGAUGUCAUGGUACUGACUAACAAUGCAGUAAUAUUUGUGAUAUUAAACCUCUUACUAAACUGA